AUGCUUCUAAAAAGCCGCCAACCAUUUGCGCAAAGAGCCUCGCCUCUAAAUAUAAACGACAGAGCCACCAAUAAUAUAUUUCGCCAACACUUUCAGAUCCUGAGUACAUGCGCAAUAUUCCAUCCCCUUGUGACAACCGUCCCCGCCUCGCGGGAAUUCCGUCGACUAGAGGUUACCAUAAUAAAUAGGAGGUCGUCGGGAUACGCCUCCGCUUUCCUCACCCAGCUGACAACAAAGCGGUAUGAGUACAUCAUCUCAGCUCAACCAUACCGCAAGCAAGCCGGCUCCAGCCUCACUAUGUGCUUCGGUUUAUGCACUCUGUUUGCCAUCCCGCCUUUUUCUCUACUUCCUGUGCUACACUCGCAGUUGCGUCUGGGUUACAACAUCCUUCUCGCCCAUGCGGGCAACGCCACCGCAUGCUAUGAACUCGGCGAUGCCUUCAUGCAUGGCAUUGGUGUUCUCGAAAAUUUCGACGUUGCGAGGACACUGUUUCUGGCCGCUGUACAGAAGGGCUCGCACACAGGAGCUAUGUACAGGCUUGGUCUUCUCUGCGAAGGUCACAUAGACAAUGACCAUGGAGAUGACGAUGAAGAGUAUUGGUACCGAAGGGCUAUCGAGUGUGACGGCCAUGUAGAUGCGUUGGUCAGCUUGGGACGUUUCAUGCAAAAAAGACCUGAUAACUUUAGUCAAGACGUUUCAGGUCCUCUUGAUUGCUUUUCAAGAGCGGCCUCGAAGGGAAGCCCUGAGGGGAUGUACAUGCUUGGCAUCUUCCUGACGCUAGGAACGGCCGAUUUCGAGAAAGAUGUUCCGACAGCUUGCAAGCUCUUCGAAAAAGCCGCGGCAAAGAACUACGCCCCGGCUAUGUACCUUCUGGGGAUCCUGCUGGUUGCGUAUGGCGAUAACGCCGUGCAAAGAAAUCCCCGACGUGCUAUGCACCUGUUCAGGAAGGCUAUUAGGCACGGCGAAUAUUUGCCAAUGCGCGAGUUGGCACAACUGCUGGACUACGGAGACUAUGGGGUUAGACCAAACAAGAAGCGGGCCGCCGAACUGUACGAGAAAUAUAUCGAAGCAACUGAUGAAAGGUGCCUCGAAGAUUCUGACAGUCAAGAAGCCAUGUGCCGUCUGGCAGAAUUACUGCUGGGUGCCGACGGGGUCACGGUGAAUGUUGAGAUGGCAUGCGAGCUGUAUGAACGAGCGAUCUUUGGUGGGUACGUGAGUGCGACAAGCAGAUACGCCUACCUACUACAGCAGGGAGCGCAUGGCAUCGAAAAGGAUAUUGCGAGGGCUGUGGAUAUAUAUGAGUAUGGCGUUGAGAAUGGGGAUGUAGAAGCUAUGGUCUCCUUUGCUUGCACUCUAGAAAGUGACGGAGAGGGGAUGGUGAGAGAUGUUGCGCGAGCUACCGAGUUGUAUGAACGUGCUGUCGCUGAGGGAAGCACGGUAGCCAUGAAUAACCUUGGUCUCAUUCUCGUAUAUGGAGCAGAAGGUGUACCGCGUGAUCUGAAGAGAGCUGUGGAAUUAUUGGAGCGCGCUGUCGAGGAAGGCAGUGCAGCAGUGAUGAAUGUUUACGCUGGUAUUCUUACAGAAGGUGUGCAGGGGUUAGACCAGGAUGGGGCACGAGCAGUGCAAUUGUACGAGAGGGCCAUCGAGGACGGUAACGUGUACGCACUUGCGAAUCUCGCUGGACUGCUCACGUCUGGGGACAGAGGUGUGGAGCCGGACCCUGAGCGUGCAGUGGAUUUAUAUCAACGUGCUGUCGAUGCUGGCGAUGCGAAUGCAGCAAAGGGAUUUGCUGAUCUCAUGCAGUUUGGGACGGCAGGCAUGAAGCCGAAUGCGCCACGAGCGGUAGACCUGUACAAGAAAGCCAUUGAGGGAGGUAACAUUAUGGCUAUGCGGGGUUUGGCAUGUCUACUUGAAAACGGUGGGGAAGGUGUGGAGCAGGACAUCCCCCAAUCGAUAAAACUGUUGGAAAGUGGCAUCGAAGCUGGGGAUGCUUCUGCGAUGAACAAUCUCGCUGUUAUGUUGUCGUCGGAAACGGAAGGGGUGGAACUAAAUUUACCGAAAGCGUUUGCCAUGUAUGAGAGAGCUAUAGAUGGGGGUUGUGUACCCGCAUUGUACAAUUUUGCUAAGCUGCUGGGUAGUGGGCGUGACGGUUUGGAAGAGGAUGCAGCUCGAGCUGCAGAACUGUACGAGAGAGCUAUUGAGAAGGGGUUUUCGGAUGCAAGAGCUGAUCUCGCAGACUUGUUAAGGCAUGGCGGGAAAGGCUUGGAGCCGGAUGUUGUACGAGCCGCCGCUUUGUAUGAGAUUUCUAUCGAACAAGGAGACUUGGAUGUGCUGUGUACGCUCGGGCACUUGCUGAUGGACGGGGGUGAGGAUUUGGAGCCGGACAUUGCGCGAGCUGCAGCGUUGUUUCAGCGGGCGAUUAGUUUGGGGAAUUUGAACGCAUUGAAUAGCCUUGCUUAUCUGUUGUCACAGGGGGGCGACGGUUUGGAGCGAGACACUGCACGAGCGGUAGAAUUAUAUGCACUCUCCAUUAGUGAAGGCGUGGAAAGUGGCCCCGUUUUCUUGUCUGCAGAUGGAGAAUCAAGUGCGGAGCAAGAUGUGAUUGGGGAACGGGGUUUGCCUCCUGGCACAAUAGUAGGAAGAAAAGUUAUAGCAGCAUUCUGUUUGGCAGGACUGCUUUAUCAUGGAGCUGAAGGCGUAGAACAAGAUGUUGCUCAAGCUAUGAAAGUCUUGCAGUGUGCUGUGGAUGACGGUGGUACGGAGACUUUCAUCAUUCUUGUCGAUGUGUUUUUGCAUGGCACGAACAAGUUCGAAUCGGACGUGUCUAUUGCCUUAGAAAUAGUUGAACGGGUGGACUUACCGAGGAAGCACGAUGCCAUGGUGGCGAUUGCUUUGGUUUUAGUUAAUGGCUCGGAUGGCGUGGAGAAGGAUGCUAAGAGGGGUGCGGAUCUUCUUCGCAGAGUUAUUGACGAAACGAACAGCAGUUUCGCGAAGGUGGAGCUAGCUAAUCUGGUCAGUGUUGGAGAGGAAGGAAUAGAAAGGGAUGCCUCGGAAGCAUUAAGGCUGUACAACGAAGCUAGAGAAAGUGAACAUCCGAGCGCUGAUAUGAUACUAGAGGACUUCCUGGAUGCAGAAGGACGUGGUUUAACAGAAUGCGUUCGGCGGGUGGAGCAGCCUCAUGUAUUUACAUGCUUGAAGGAUGCACCGUGAGAUUCGAUCUUUUCAGGAACAUUUCUCACAUAGACAACUUCGAGCAUGCACACAGAGAUACCCCAUCUAGGGGAGAUAGUGAGUACCUAAAACAGAAGGCAGAGGAAAGGCUGCAGAAAAAUGGGAAAGCGACAGUGGUGCGGAGGAAGGGGUGCGGGGUGCUUGGGAUGACAACGCUGAUGCCUGGUGAUCAAGACAAGGAGGGUGCCAGUGGGCGGCACAAUUGUCUAGAGCGUAAGAGCGUGAGAUGGGACUGAUCAAGGCUGCGAUAUUGGUCCGGAACAAGAAGACGAAGUGGUCAGCGAUACUUCAGAUCGUUAUUGAGCUGAUACUUGCUGUGUUCAUGCAGCCGCGUCCAGCAUCGCGUGCGCGACAACUGAGUCAAAAAAGGACGGCCCUGUUGUACGGACCGGCCUCCGCCCACUUGAUGACCUCCUCGAUGCUGUGCAUACUACCAUUGGCGCCUGCUGCAAUCAUUUACAAGCGGGCCGCAUGUCUGUUGGCAUGCGAGUUCGACAUGAUAUUGGACCGAGAAAGGACUGGCAGCUAAUGAGCCUUGAAGUGCUGUGCAAGGGGUCUGCAAAAUGCAGAUGCGGCCUUCUUUCAAACGAAGUCGAUAGAAACGGAAUGCUUUUAUGAAACUAGACGGAACGCCCUGUUUCAGAUUGAAAGAAGUGGAAGUAGCGGUACGUCUAGCCGAAAUGUAGGGAGAAAAGCGUUGAGCCUGAUCCGUUCCGCCGCAUGGGCUUUCACAUGCUCUCCCUUCCCUUCGCCCCGUAACAGUUUGUCAACAAUGUUCACACGUCAAUUUCAAUAAACAUGUCCCUUUCCUUGA